AUGGGGAAAGAGAAGUCUGCUCUAGCAGCUACUAUGCGAGCAGCUGCAGGUACUCGGAAGACCAACAUCCCUUUCCUGCAGAACGUGCUCAGUAAUAAUCAGUUCCUCCAUGGCACUGUGGACACCCAGUUUAUUGAUGAAAACCCAGACCUUUUCCAUCUGCGGCCUGGCCAGAACAGAGCUCAGAAGCUGCUCCACUACCUGGGACACGUCAUGGUAAAUGGCCCCACCACGCCCAUCCCUGUGAAAGCCCGGCCUUCGCCCAUUGACCCGGUGGUCCCUGCGGUUCCCUUAGGUCAGCCCCCCAUCGGCUUCCGGGAUGUCCUCCUCAGUGAGGGCCCUGCGGGGUUUGCCAAGGCCGUUCGCCAGCACCAGGGCCUGCUUUUAAUGGACACCACCUUCCGAGAUGCUCACCAGUCACUGCUGGCCACUCGUGUUCGCACCCACGACCUGAAGAAGAUCUCCCCCUUCGUAGCCCAGAACUUCAACAGGCUCUUCAGCAUCGAGAACUGGGGAGGUGCCACCUUUGAUGUUGCCAUGCGCUUCCUGUACGAGUGCCCCUGGCGCCGGCUGCAGGAGCUGCGUGAGCUCAUCCCCAACAUCCCAUUCCAGAUGCUGCUGAGAGGGGCGAAUGCGGUGGGCUACACCAACUACCCGGACAACUCCGUCUUCAAGUUCUGCCAGAUGGCCAAAGAGAACGGGAUGGACAUCUUCCGCGUCUUUGACUCCCUCAAUUACCUCCCGAAUAUGCUGCUGGGGAUGGAGGCAGCCGGGCAGGCCGGGGGCGUGGUGGAGGCCGCCAUCUCCUACACUGGGGAUGUGGCUGACCCCAGCCGGACCAAGUACACCUUGGAUUACUAUGUUAGCCUUGCAGAGGAGCUGGUCAAAGCCGGGACUCACAUCUUGGCCAUCAAGGACAUGGCUGGGGUCUUGAAGCCGCAGGCCUCCUCUAUGCUUGUGGGGGCACUGCGCAAGCAAUUCCCCGACGUCCCACUUCACAUUCACACCCACGACACUUCGGGCGCCGGCGUGGCUUCCAUGUUGGCUUGUGCUGCUGCUGGGGCUGACAUUGUGGACGUCGCAGUGGAUGCCAUGUCAGGCAUGACUUCCCAACCGAGCAUGGGUGCGAUGGUGGCGUGCACCCGUGGCACAGAGCACGACACAGGCAUCCAGAUGGAAAAAGUCUUUGACUACAGCGAAUACUGGGAGGUGGCCCGGGGCCUCUAUGCGGCCUUCGACUGCACGGCCACCAUGAAGUCUGGCAACGCGGACGUCUACGAGAACGAGAUCCCCGGCGGGCAGUACACCAACCUGCACUUCCAGGCCCACAGCAUGGGGCUAGGCCACAAGUUCAAGGAGGUGAAGAAAGCCUACGUGGAGGCCAACAAGCUGCUUGGCGACCUCAUCAAGGUGACCCCCUCCUCGAAGAUUGUGGGGGACCUGGCUCAGUUCAUGGUCCAGAACAACUUGACGCAGCAAGACGUGGAAGCUCAAGCAGACGAGCUCUCCUUCCCCCAGUCCGUGGUGGAGUUCCUGCAAGGCUACAUCGGCAUCCCCUAUGGAGGCUUCCCAGAGCCCUUCCGCUCCAAGGUGCUGAAAGACCUGCCCCGUGUGGAGGGCCGCCCCGGGGCCUCCCUGCCUCCUCUGGACUUCACAAAGUUGGAGCAGGAAUUGUGCGAAAAGCACGAAGAGAUCACCCCCGAAGACGUUCUGUCUGCCGCCAUGUACCCCAAAGUCUUCAGCGACUUCAAGGACUUCACAGGCACCUUUGGGCCCGUUGAAUGUCUCAGUACGCGGCUCUUCCUGGAGGGGCCCAAAAUAGCCGAGGAGUUUGAGGAGAUGCACUUCCACCCCAAAGCCCUGAAGGACGUCAAAGGCCAAGUGGGAGCUCCCAUGCCAGGGAAAGUCAUUGACAUCAAAGUGAAGGAAGGAGCGCACGUUGAGAAGGGACAAUCUCUCUGCGUCUUGAGUGCCAUGAAGAUGGAGACCGUGGUCAACUCGCCCGUGACAGGCACGGUCCAGAAAAUUUAUGUCAAGCUUGGCAUGAGCUUAGAAGGGGAUGAUCUGAUCAUGGAGAUUGAGUAGCCGCCUCGUCCCAGGGACCUCAAAAGUCGUGGCUCCUUCUGAGGAACCC